AUGGAUCUUAGUCACGUGGGAAGUCGCCAUGUUCCGCCCUCCAAGCGACGACGUUAUCUAUCCACAUCAGCUCGGGCAUCCCAAGCAUGCCAAGGCUGCGCAGUGUCCAAGGUCAAGUGCGACAAUCUCAAAACAUGUCGACGAUGCGAACAGAGGCAGAUCAAAUGCGUUCGCUCUCCCCCUAGCCGUCUGCCGUCGCUAGAGGCGGACUCUCUCAUUGUUGAGGUAUCGUCGCAGCCGCCCCAAUCUCGGAGUGCGCGCAAGACACCGCCUCCUGGAACGGGGACAAAGGCUCUCCCGCAGCAUGUAAACGAGCAGGGCUCAUUGAACUUCACACCGACAUGUAAAUCAUGUUUAUUGCCGGACUGGGCGCAAGGAACCGUCCAUUCUGACGUAUCCGACUGCUUUCGCCCUCUGGCCCCGACCUCUUCGAGUUCGGCACCAUGGUUACAUGCCAACGAUCUAUUUAACAUAUGGAACUCCAUCCCUCCUCCUCAAACUGAGCCCUUGAGUUCCGAGACCCUGCUCGACCUGAACUUCCAAGAAUUAGGAACAGAAGCCCGCGGUUCCGGCCCGGUACCUGAAGUCCUUCCCAAGAGUGUCUUCAUCAAUGUCUCCGAGGUGACGGCGGAGGUAAAACGCACCUUCAAUCUGUCGCUUGGAUCCUGGAGGCCCGACGAUACGGAUUACCUUCUCGCCGACGAGCUGAGCUUAUUCGUACGUCCACACGAAAAACUGCGCGCUGAUGAUAUUCUCGGUGUCUACGACAAUACCAUCCUAUGGGAGCGUCUCACCGAAGACACCCGCGAUCAAAUCCUACUUAUGACUCAAAAUAUUUCCCAGGAACGGUCCGGCGCUAAUCUUUCUUCCCGGAGGACUUUUCCUGCCCUGGACGUCUUGGACAAACUGCUCAGGUUCUUCCUAACCCUACACAGGGCGGAAUCAAUUCCCUUCAUUCACAUCCCAACCUUCCGUCCGUCAUUCAAUGACCUUGUUCUUGUGACAGGGUGUAUUGCUGCAGGCGCAGCACGGUCAAAAAAUCCGAGAGCUCGCAAAUUUGGCCUGGCCUUGAUGGAAGUAGUACGCCUUCAGAUCGCUCGAGAGUGCAAUCGGACUAUGAAUCGGAUUCUUCAGCUGGCGAACAUGCAGGCCUUUGUCCUGCAAGUCAGUGUCGGCCUGUCGAGCGGCGAUGCGCGGCGCCGUGACAUGGCCAGCUCGUUUGUUGGUCUGAUUGUAAAUAUGGUACGGCAGGGCUACCGCUUCAAAAAAGCGGCUUACGAGGAGGUGGAGGCUCCUUCGUUCGAGGACACCCCCAACGCCCUGGAAAUGAAAUGGAGAAAAUGGGUUGAGGAAGAAUCGUUCAAGAGGGUCGUGUAUCGCCUCUUUGCAUUUUGCACGCAUGAAGCUUCCCUCAAGUCUACGAGCUCGGCCCUCUCUUUCACUGAGAUUUGCACUCCGAUUCCUGCGACGAAAGACCUCUGGCAUGCACCCAGCGCUGCCCAGUGGAGAGACUUGUACCUCUUACGGGUGGGAAACGUUGGAGCUAGCAGUGCCAAAAACAUCAUCACCCUCCUUGACUGCCUCCAACGGCCAUCGAUCUUUCAGGAAUUCCCGUCAUCCCUAGACCGCGAACUCGCAUUCAACGCCGUCCUUUAUAGCACUAUGAACAUGAUACAUGACGCUUACAGUCACCGUCGCGCUUUGGAAGGUGCGAUGUCUGCGGAAAUCAUGUUGGCGAUUGGCUCAGAAACGCCAUCAAAUCAAGAACGGCACAUUCUAAGACUGAUAUAUGGGACACGAUCCAUGUGGGACAUCGGUGCCCUGAAGCAGUCGGCCCCGGUGGCAGUUUUGCUCGAGCUUACGUCCAUGAGAUCCAUCACACCGCUUGAUAAGAUGGAAAUGCUCUUGCACAAUAACGAUAAGGACGCCUCUUCCGACUCUUCCAGCGCUCUACAGGAGUGGACAGGGAGCCGAGCUGGGAGAAAAGCCGUUUGGCACGCUGGUCAGGUCAUACGCUUCAUCAGACUGGUCGAGGACUCUGAGCUAGAGGAUUUCCUAGCUGUCGCGGUGUAUCAAGCUGCGCUUUGUCUCUGGACAUAUCGGGGCUUCUGCCAAGAGCCAAACGCUACAUGGAAGCCCUGA